CUCCAUUCUGUCUUAAACAAGCUGAGUCGAGCUAGGCCGCUGAGGUGAAGAAGGACUCCAUCAGCGGUCCCCUUAAUCCCUACAGAGCCACCCCACCACCAGCGCCACCAGCACUAGUUCAGUAAUCCAUGGGCCUGAUGAAGAUGGAGCUGGAGGACACGGAGGCCAGCCUGAUGGACAAGGGGAAGGCGGUGGCGGUCCCCCGAUUGCCCAACCGUUACGAGAAGAUCUUCCAGCCGUGCCUGGCCGAGCUGAUAGGCACCAUGUUCUUCGUGUUCAUCGGCUGCACGUCGGUCAUCGAGAACGUGCCGGCGGCCGGGAGGCUGCAGCCUGCUCUGGUGCACGGUCUGGCCGUGGCUAUCAUGGUGGCCGUCAUGGAUAACAUCAGUGGCUCUCACUUCAACCCUCCAUUCACCAUCGCCAUCUACCUGUGUGGAGGCAUGGAGCUGGUGAUGGUCGGCCCCUACCUCGCCAGUCAGCUGAUUGGAGGAGUACUAGGAGCCGGCAUGUCAAAGCUCAUGGUCCCGGCCGACCGCUACCUCAAUGCCACGGGCGCCGCCUUCGACAUCCUGAAGACGGAGUCGCAGCUGCCGGGCGCAAUCUUCGGCGAGAUGGCCAUGACCUGCCUGAUCACCAUGGUGGUGCUCCUGGUGGCGGUGAACCCCAAGACCAAGACCCCCCUGGCCCCCUUCCUGGUGGGCUGCACCGUCAUCAUCAACGUCCUGGCCGGCGGGGACGUGUCGGGGACCUGCCUGAACCCGGCCAGAGCCUUCGGCCCGGCGGUGAUGACCAACUACUGGACCUUCCACUGGGUGUACUGGGUGGGUCCCAUCGGGGGGUGCCUGAUCGCUGCUGCACUGCUCAGGCUGAUUCUCGGAGAUGAGAAGAUAAGAUUGAUCAAUAAGUGAUCCCUCUGAGAUGUUCGUUUGGUAGCGGUAUGCUGUUUGAGACGAGGGUUCCUGAUAGGAUGUCCCACUCCACGGUUGUUACGCCAUGUCUUGAAGCUCCUGUGGUACUUAUGUUGUCUGUGUUGUUAGUGUUAUUAUUGUUAUAUUUUCUGUGAAUAAA